GAAGAAGGCGCCAGAAGACUCCGAUGGCUCGCGUCGUCCGGCGGUGACUCUCAGAAACUGCUGAAGCGGGUUGGUGCUAUGUCGUCGGGAAUGACUGGACAAACGCCGUGCCUAACCAGCCGGUGGGAUAAGACGACCCAACCUCAACAAAGUGUAGAUGGGAGGCAGCAGAGGAGUGAAAAUGUGGGCCGCUCUUUGCCAGGAGUCCUCGGCGCUGCUCGGUCAGUUGGCACAGUUUCCCAGCCGCUCCAAACGGGAGAGAAGCCAGCACCUCGGGGUGGAGUUGAAAUGGCCGCGGCCAUGGCUGCUAAAAUAAAUGCCAUGUUAAUGGCAAAAGGAAAGCUGUUGACUCCUCCACCGUUACUCUCAAAGGCUGCGCCACAUGUGCCAAGCACCACAGAAGAAAUGGUGAUUACAGAGGUUGACAUAAACGAUGUGCCGAUAAAUUGCAGAGACCUUCUUACUAAAGGCAAAACGCAGGAGGAGAUCCGGCAGUUUAGUGGGGCGGUCGUCUCAACAAAAGGACAUUACAUGCCUGAUGCUACAAAGAAAAAAGCAGGACAACGGUCUUUGUAUUUACAUGUCCAAGGAAAGAACCAGGACCAGGUCAACAAGGCUGUGCUGAGGAUAAAGGAGAUCAUCUCAGAGGACCUGCUGAGGACCUCGGCCGCAUCAGGACAAAAGGUGCCCGUUAUGCCCCCGCUCACAAUCUACCCUCAGCCCCCCCGCCUCGUCAAUACCUCAGCCAUGCCACGGAUGUCCAAUACCAACUCAGCGCCAGGACAUCGGCCUGCAGCUCCUCAUUCAGGGAGUUUUGUGCACACAAAGAUUUUUGUGGGCCUCGAUCAGACGUUCCCUUUUUUCAACGUGAACGAAAAGAUUGAGGGUCCGGCAGGUUCGUACCUGAGUCACAUCCAGACAGAGACGGGGGCGCGAGUCUUUCUCAGAGGAAAAGGUUCCGGCUACAUUGAACAAGCGUCCAAACGAGAGUCCUUUGAGCCUCUUUACGUCUACAUCAGCCACCCAAAUUCCACUGGAUUGGAGUCAGCAAAGAAACUCACUGAGAGUCUGCUGGAUACUGUGAGAGAUGAAAGCGCCCACGUGGUGUCAGUGUACACAGCCACCGGCUCAACACAACCAUACGCAGCACAUGGAUUUCCACCUAAUAGCAAUUACUCUAGCCAGGGGUCCUGGUAUAACUACCCAGCAAAUGGGUAUGCUGGCGGCUCAUCAGCGUACUCAGGAGCCAGUGGUUAUUGGAGUAAUGCAAAUGGUCCCUCAAGUCAUUCUAACAUGUCGACAAACCCUCCAUCUUCUCAGGCAAUGGUUCAGUAUCCUGUGUGUCCUAGGAAACCACAUCCCUAUCUAGUCGAGGAUCCUGUUAGCAGUGACACAGUGGAGCCUGAAGCAUCGGUAAACACCCCCCCUGACUCGGGAAGUCCCAGGCGUCAUUUCCAGGAGGGGGCUACAGAAGAAACGCCUCCUAGCAGAUCUCCAGAGGCUCCGGCUCAUCAAGAGUCUGCACUUCCUACAUCCAGCUUGGGAGAGGAGAAAGUAGUUGAACGGAUUCUGAUGCCGCCGCCACCGCCGCCUGUCUUCGUGGCUCCUGCCCCCCUUGCACGCAAAAGGCCGAGAGACGCAGUGACAAGAGACCCAGCUGGUCUGCCUGGCAGCGCCUCUUCAACGGGUGUUCAGAAGGUGAGCGAGAAGAAGCCUAAAGUAGACGAAGAUGCAUCUGGACUUGUGCCCUACGGAGGAGAUUCCUCCGAUGAAGAGGAGGAGAGGACAGGCAGCAGUAAGACUGAUCAUUCAUAGCACCCCCACCCACGCCCUACUUUCAGUAAAUCAACACUUAACAAAAGGAAAACUCCACCCUCGCAUUAUCAUACUGUUUUAGGACUAAAUGAGUGUUUUAACCCCAAUUAUUUGGAAGAACAAAUCUUUUAUUGCUGACUUUUCACAGAAUUGUACUAUGGGACAUGUUUCUGGUACCACUUGAUGAACUAACAUCCAUUUUAGGACUAAAACCCGGUGACCAAGCUUCACACCGUCGGGUUGACAAUCAAUACAAAGAACAUACAAAAACACGAGUGUAGUCUUUGACUUAUGGCCAGUUUCUGAUUUUCUUAAGUUUGUUAUCCUUUUUCUUAGUUUGCUUUUGUUUCUUCCAAAAUAAAUUUAUGUAACCCCCCCCACCCCACACACACACAAGCACGGUGGGGGUGGGUCACACUGGGGUCAUUUAAAUCUAUGCCCAUCUAUAUAUAGCAGCUGUAAACCAAAGGGCCAGUCAACUAAUUUGUUGUGCAAAAUGUGCCACAUGACUUCAGAUCAGCACAUCAUGUGGCUUCAUGCUAAUUAGGAACAUUUGAGCUACCAAGCUUUCAACACUGUUUUCUCCCUUGUGUUAUUACUGACUUGGAAGAAGCUCCUUUUUUAUUUAAAGUUUAUGACUAACAUGCACUUAUGUGACAUUUUCUGUUAAUGUCAAACUAUUCACUUAACAGUAUGCAGGGUGGCGCUUUCCUUUUUAUGAUGUGGAUCAAUAGAUUUUUGGUUGUUAAAACUUUGGGUUAAUCAAAAAAGUCCCAUAUAUCCUGUUUGAAUUUAAACACUUGGUAUGCUGCAGUUACUGAUGCUAUAAAUACAUAUUGUAAAAUUCAGUGAAACGGUUUUCUAAUCUUGGAAAAUGGUGUAUGCUUGUUCCCAUGGAAUACUAUAAUAAAAACACCUGAAAAGC